UCUUUCUUCAACUCCCCACCUCUGUUUGCGUCAAUUAUCCUCUUCUGUUGCCCAAAUUCUCUCAUCCGAUCCAACCAUAGAUGUCAUUUUUUUGCGGUGUCGAGUACGUGCUCUUGUUUGGCUGUUCGCGUUGGGCAUGGAAGCGCUGCACCCACGUCGGUUCAGACGACAGUGAAACCUGGCCAUCAGCUAUCCCGGACGAGUUCGAGCCUGUCCCCAGACUCUGUCGUUUAAUCCUAGCUGUCUACGAAACUGAUCUCAGAAACCCCCAAUGCCCUCCUGACGGCGGCUACCGAGUCAACACAGACUGGGUCUUGAAACACGCUGACUAUGAACAAACCCAGGGUCGUUCUCCGCCGUACCUUAUCUACGCCGACCAUGACCGGAAGGAGAUCGUGAUGGCAAUCAGGGGACUCAACUUGGUCAAAGACAGUGACUAUAAAUUGCUCUUGGAUAAUAGGUUGGGGAUGCAGAUGUUUGAUGGGGGAUAUGUUCAUCACGGGCUGUUGAAAUCGGCGGUUUGGUUGUUGAACGAGGAGAGUGAGACGUUGAAGAGGGUUUGGGAAGAGACUGGGAGGGAAUAUCAGUUGAUUCUUGCCGGACAUUCGUUGGGAUCGGGUGUGGCGGCGUUGAUGGCGGUGGUGAUGGUUAAUCACAGGGAUCGAUUGGGUGGGAUUCCCCGGAAUAAGAUUCGGUGCUAUGCGUUGGCGCCAGCGAGGUGCAUGUCACUUAACUUGGCUGUCAAGUAUGCUGAUGUUAUUCACUCCAUUGUCUUGCAGGAUGAUUUCUUGCCUAGGACAGCCACACCCUUGGAAGAUAUCUUCAAGUCUAUAUUCUGCUUGCCAUGCUUGAUAUUUCUUGUUUGCUUGAGGGAUACCUUCAUACCAGAAGGUAGGAAACUUAGAGAUCCGAGACGACUUUAUGCUCCCGGAAGAAUGUAUCACAUCGUCGAGAGAAAAUUUUGCAGAUGUGGGAGGUUUCCUCCAGAAGUCCGAACUGCCAUUCCUGUCGACGGGCGGUUUGAACAUAUUGUGUUAUCUUGUAACGCAACAUCUGAUCAUGGAAUAAUUUGGAUCGAAAGGGAAUCGGAGAAGGCUUUGGGGAUUAUGAGGGAGAACAAAUACCAGACCAUGACUGUUCCCCCGAAAAUUCAGAAACUGGAGAGGUUGCAGACCAUUGAGAAAGAACACAAAGAUGCAUUGCAAAAAGCCGUCAGUUUGAAUAUCCCUCAUGCUGUACCCGCAGAUGGUGAACUGGUCGAGAUUGAGGAAACAGAAACAGAGGCUGCUGGACCCGACAAUGGAGAUAGGCCGAAAGCUAAACCGGAGUCAAGUUCUAGACGGACAAACUGGGAUGAGUUGGUUGAGAAGCUUUUCAAGAGGAGUGAGUCAGGGAAACUACUACUAAACAAGGAAUCACAUACCCAUUAAUUCUCUAUUUUUU